UCAACAACAUUAAAAUAGCUGCAGACAUGAGGCAUCAAGAUGAUGACAGAAACGUCCAGACCUGCUAACUCACAUCAGAGGAGGACCAGACUAUCUGAAGUGCCAAAAUCAGAGCCUUUGUCAGACCGGAGCGGAGUCUGUAUAAAUUGAGACACAAACGAACAGCUGCGACCUGCGCACCACAGCGGAGCGGAGACGCAUGUAGUAUAAAUCCGGGGCCAGCUGGGGAAAAUAAACGUCUAGAGUGAGUCCUCGGGCCUCCAUUCAGCAGGUGGAGUUUGGUAAACCUCUAAAAGGAAGUCUUUGAGUGGCUCAGGACCAAGUGCCAGGCAGAUGGAUGAUUCAGAUUCCUCGCUGCAGAUGUUCGAAGUGACAGAUGACAAAGAUACAUCAAGAGGGGGAAUGAGGGGAAGAUGUUACACCGCAUAGAGUCGCGCCUGCUAGUGACCGAAAACAGGCAAAAAGGUUGUGCACAUCAAUCGGCGGGAGAGAAAAACUCAAACUGAUCAUCAACACUGAUCUUGGAACCCUCCCGGAUAAACUACAAGCCAGCACAAAAACAAGGCUUAUUGCUGAAUGCCGAUAUUGAAACAGCUUCAUACCAUUUUGGCAAAACUACCUAGCAGAGAUUGGGUGGGAGCUGGAGGCGUGGGCAACAAGCCAUGGAUAUGAGUGAUCCAAUUUCCAGCUCUAAAUUAGAAACAUCUUAACUCUCCUCUCAAUCAGGCAGGAGAUGUGGCUGGUAACCAAACCGGCAACUCGAGACAGCCUGGCUCAGUGCACACCUCGGGAUCUUCUUUCCUAAUGGCUUCCUGGCAGGAAAUGGGAGGUUCAAACCUCAAACCACAAUCUGAGGCUGUUUUCAGAGAGCAAUACUUUUUUUAAAUGUUAUACAGAGUCCUCUCUUUCCCUCAGUCCAUUUUCCUAUCGAUCAGAUUUCUCUUGGCCAGUCAUGUGGAAUUUUUUCUAAAGUCUCCGUUGACGCAGAGAGCAAUUUUUCCACUACCAUUUUGGUGCAUCUUCUGAUGAAGAGAGUGGAUUUAAACCAAAGGAAUCCUUCAUUUUUUUAAUCUUGGAAGGCGUCUCCAUUUCUCUGUGGAAUGGGGGGCUCGGCAAGGGCUCUUCUGGGUGGAUUUGGCACUACCACCUCCUCCCUGGAGGUUGGAGGUCGGAUAGGCUGGCCAAGCAACAAUCCUCUGGAUCUUAACCAAACCCUGCCAUGGGGAACAGGAGGUAGCAGUGGAGUCGGAGGUGCAGCCGCCAUGAGUUUAGUUUCGGACAACUCGACCGCACAGGGGUCAGUCACCAGGACUGUGAUUAAGGAGAAAAACUGGCCGGCGCUGCUGAUACUCGUCAUCAUUGCUCUGACAGUUGGUGGGAACAUUCUGGUGAUUCUGGCGGUGUCACUGGAGAAGAAGCUUCAAAAUGCAACCAACUUCUUUUUGAGGUCGCUGGCGGUGGCAGACAUGCUCGUAGGCAUCCUGGUCAUGCCAAUAUCCCUCAUCAACAUUCUCUAUGACUAUGCCUGGCCUCUACCCAGUGCCCUGUGCCCGAUCUGGAUCUACCUGGAUGUGUUGUUCUCCACGGCCUCCAUCAUGCACCUGUGCGCCAUCUCCCUGGAUCGAUACGUCGCCAUUCGCAAUCCCAUCGAGCACAGCCGCUUCAACUCCAGAACCAAAGCCAUGAUGAAGAUCGCUGCUGUCUGGACCAUCUCCAUAGGCGUGUCGAUGCCCAUUCCAGUGAUUGGCCUCCACAACGAGGACAAGGUCUUCGUCAAUGGCAGCUGUGCUCUCAACGAGGAGCGCUUCAUGCUGAUUGGCUCCUUUGUGGCCUUCUUCAUCCCACUGGUGAUCAUGGUAGUGACGUACUGCCUCACCAUCCAGGUGCUCCAGAGGCAGGCCACAGUCUUCCUUUACGAAUCUAAGACUUCUUCUUCUUCCCAGCAGCGUCUGAGCACACCAGCAAUCACAAUCACACUGGAGCCUCCAGAGUUACACCUCCCUCAGAUCAAUACAAUCUCACCUUCAGACUCACAAGAGCUAAAGGCCCCYCCCCUCCAGAGCAGGCGAAACACCCUGAGCUGCCUGAAAGGCGCAGAGCCAAGUAUUCUGCUGAGUGCCUCCACCUCAGACAGCAUCAGCAUCAUUCCCAGCUCCGAGGCGGCGUCGCAGCUCAGCUCUCCAGCCACCGGGCCGGGGCGGAGCGAUGUCUCAGGUUCCCACGGGAGGCGGGGGAUGAUGCAGGCCAUAAAGAACGAGAGGCGGGCCUCGAAGGUCCUGGGAAUCGUCUUCUUCCUCUUCCUCAUCAUGUGGUGUCCGUUCUUCAUCACCAACGUCACCUUUGUCCUCUGUCGCGGCUCCUGCAAUGAAUCGCUGCUUCACGACCUGCUCAACGUCUUCGUAUGGGUGGGUUACAUCUCCUCCGGAGUCAACCCUUUAGUCUACACCCUCUUCAAUAAGACCUACAGGAGAGCGUUCUCAAGCUACAUCCGGUGCCAGUACAACGUCGGGGCUAAUGCGGCCGGACAAGGUUGCAAAACCCUGCUGGGCCCCUCGCAGUGCCCGUCGCACGCCGUGACUCCUCUCCUGCCGAGCAGUCACGGGAAAGAAGGGGUGGACCGCAACAGUAACUGUAGGAACGGCAGCAGGGGAGGUAACGGGAGGCUGACUGUGGACCCGGAAGACACGACGGACGACGGGACGCAGAUCGGAUUAGUGUCGCAGAGUCCAUCUGAGUUCCACAGUGCCAGCCCYUUCUCAGAAACGGAGCUCGAAACGGAGGUGGAGCAGGAGCUGUCGCUCAUCAGCUACCCUCCCUCCAGAGAACACACAAGCAGCGUGUGACUGCGUGCUUUUGUUCCAUCUUCCUCCGAACCCGGCUGACGGUGCUCGUCGACCACAGUCCCCCUGUUGCACUGGGGCCUCUUACUGCYAGAGGACUAGUCUUGAUGAAGAGCCUCAUCUCUACUCAGGAGUGCACCACUUCUAUCCACGAGGAAGGAUAAAGAAACAGAAGAGCCUCAUAAGUGGAAAAGGAAAGCAACAUUUCCAAUAUGUUUUUUAUUAUUAUUAUUUUGCCAAAAAAUGAUUUAUUAUGGCAUUAAUUUAAAAAAUAGGGAGAGCGUCUCUCAGGAUUUGAGCUCAUCAGUCAAGAAAGGUGGAGACCGUGGUAUCGAGUGAAGCGCUUACUCGUUAUUCACAUGACGUGAAGUCAAGAAUCUCACUGAUGCAGGUCACAGAGUCGAUGCAGGUCACAGAGUCGAUGCAGGUCACAGAGUCGAUGCAGGUCACAGAGUCAAGCAGCAACCAAGUCGAAGCCUGACGUCGAGCCCCUCGCCGAGCAUCGAAACACAAGCGGACCUCAGCCACUCCUGUGCCAGUCAAACUUGACGGCAGUGGUCAUGAAAACUGUCUGAGCGAAACUUUUCCACAACCAUUUAGCUGACAGAAAUGAGAUAUUUCUACAAAAAAAAAAAGAAAGAAAAGAAAGAAAGAAAAAAUGGAGAAAAUUUCUCAAGGCUGCAGUGAAAGUUUCCUUAAAAGGAGAGGGAUGAAGGAAUGUACACCCACCACUUCCCUCUGGUGGACUCACAGUGCCAUCUAGUGGUCACAUGGGGUUAGCCAUGCAGAAAAAGAGCUAAAAUAAUAACAAUAAAGAUUGUAACAGUAAUAAUAAUAAAAACAACAAACAGCA